AAGUGCAGGUCCGGACUUCCGGUGAGCCCCGGGCGUCCGCGCGAGGCGGCGGCUGUGGCGGCGGCGGUGGCUGCUGUGAGGGGGCGGUGGCGGCUCCCGCCGUAACGUUCCCUGACGAAGCGCAGCUGCGAGGCAGAGGCGUCCACCAUGUUCUCCUUCAACAUGUUCGACCACCCAAUUCCCCGGGUCUUCCAGAACCGCUUCUCCACGCAGUACCGCUGCUUCUCCGUGUCCAUGCUCGCGGGGCCUAAUGACAGGUCAGAUGUGGAGAAAGGAGGGAAGAUAAUUAUGCCACCCUCAGCCCUCGACCAACUCAGCCGACUUAACAUCACCUACCCCAUGCUGUUCAAACUGACCAACAAGAACUCGGACCGCAUGACACACUGUGGCGUGCUGGAGUUUGUGGCUGAUGAGGGCAUCUGCUACCUCCCGCACUGGAUGAUGCAGAACCUGUUGCUGGAGGAGGGGGGCCUGGUUCAGGUAGAGAGCGUCAACCUGCAGGUGGCCACGUACUCCAAGUUCCAGCCCCAGAGCCCCGACUUCCUGGACAUCACCAACCCCAAGGCCGUGUAUCCUUCUGAAGCAGAACUUGUUCCUCUGAGCCGGGGAGGGCUGUGCCAGCUGGUGGUGGGCGGCAAUUUGAGGGCUCCAUCUUGCUAUGUUGCCUUGACAGUGUGUGUCUGCAGGUUAGAAAACGCAUUGAGAAACUUUGCGUGUCUGACCACCGGGGAUGUGAUUGCCAUCAACUACAACGAGAAGAUCUAUGAGCUGCGGGUGAUGGAGACCAAGCCUGACAGGGCUGUGUCCAUCAUCGAGUGUGACAUGAACGUGGACUUUGAUGCUCCACUGGGCUACAAGGAGCCGGAGAGACAAGCCCAGCAUGAGGAGGCAGCCGAAGGCGAAGCUGACCACAGCGGCUAUGCCGGGGAGCUGGGCUUCCGCGCCUUCUCCGGCUCCGGGAAUAGACUGGAUGGGAAGAAGAAGGGUGUAGAGCCCAGCCCUUCCCCAAUCAAGCCCGGAGACAUCAAGAGAGGGAUUCCCAACUAUGAAUUUAAACUUGGUAAGAUCACGUUCAUCAGAAAUUCACGUCCACUGGUCAAAAAGGUUGAAGAGGAUGAAGCUGGAGGCAGAUUCGUCGCUUUCUCUGGAGAAGGACAGUCACUGCGUAAAAAGGGAAGAAAGCCAUAGGUUGGGACCGUUGGCUGAUUGGAAAAUAAAAUAAUUGCAACAUGCUGGCUUUUAGUUACUGGCUCUGACAGGGACACUGUCACUUUAGGUUUGUUUAGAGUUACCUAAGAAUUACCAGGUUUCACCUGCAGUUGGACAGCAGGACAGCAGUUUGUUUGUGAUUUGGGGAAAGAGGAGGCCAUCUCUGAGGUCCCUUACUCAAGCUCCUUGCUUUCAGCCCUUGGGGCAUGCCCGCAGCCUCAGCUGGAGCACAGUUGCCUGAUUCCUGCUAAAAACCCGUGAAGGGAUUUGAAUUGCUCUAAGUGGUGGUGGUCUUUCUCUUUUUUUCAUUUAUCUUUUCUUUCUCCAGGUCAUAGCUUAGCUGUUGCCUUUGACCUGGAAAAAAGUGGUUUAAACAGAUAAGUGCUCUAUAAAUAGUGGUCAUUCCAUUACUCUGGCUGCAAUUUAAGUACUUGAGGAAGGGUGUUUCCAUUUUUAUUUUACAUAUUGAUCCCCCCCCCCCCCACCUAGAAACCAUUCCUCAGAAGGAAAACUUGACCUGAAAGCAUUUCUAACUUGGAUUUCAUUUGGAAAUCACUGGCUCCUUAAUGAAUCUGUUCUACGCUAAAACAACUUUGUGGUGAAGCACAAAUGUGACUAUUAGAAUAAAUGAAAGCUAAAGAUACAUUCUUUCUCCUUUCCUACCCCUCACUCCCAGUUUUAACGUAUUAAAUUUUCCAAAGUUCUGCUGGCCUGUCUUUA